AUGACUUCUCGUAAAAGAUCUGCAAGCAAAAGGAAGGCAUCUGCUUUGACUGGUCUUGAGGCACUCAAUUCAUUUAAGGUUCCGAAAAAACAAAGUAACUUAUCCCUCCUUGAAGCUGUUGAUUUAAAGUCAGUGGAUUACUCUGAAGAAAUAUACCCUCAGAUAAAUCAAAGUUUCCGUUUCCCGCAACUUUCAGUUCAUUUUGAAGUUGGUGAAGCAUGGCUCAUUCAUAAUAAAACACUUGAAGACUCAUUUUCACAAGCGCGUAAACGACUUCAAAAGAAUCCUAUCAAUAAUACUAUUACAGGCACAGAAUUAAGUUUGUGCACUGGUUUUCUAGUCGUUAAAAGUUGGAAAGAUGUAGAAAAGAUUGCUGCUGAUGGUCUUGAUCCAGGAAAUGAUCUGGACACUUGGCUUGGUCAACCUAAAUCAGGUCUGACAGUAAAUCAAUGUGCAGAUUUAACGAUUGCUCGAGAACAAAGUCUUCUGUCCAGUAAAGAUAUUGAUCAAUUCCUUUACCUAAUCCUCGUAAGAUGGGUCAAGUCACGAGCGUAUAUUGUCUCACCUGAAGCUGAAAAAUCCAAGGAUCGUUUAGAACCUCAACCUGGUUAUGCUUGUCAUGUGUCGACAUGGUCCCGUAUGGAUGUGUUGGAUCCAGGCAAAUUAUCUUUAGAGCAAGCGUUUCAUUUAUCUCAGGUUUAUUUAUAUGAAUUUGAUGAAGACUUAGAAUUACGCACAAAACUUGAACAUGUUAUGCCGUAUGCUGUUGUAAAAUGUCGUUGGAAGUUAACUGCUGAUGCAGCACAAAAACUUGAUCCAAUCUCUACAGCGAGUGGAUCAAUUUUAAUUAUAACACCUAAAAAACCUGAAGUGAUGAAAUGUUUUAUACCUACAAAUCGUACAGCUCUUCUACCGACUCCUCAAAUUCCUUGUAUUGGUAAAAAAUCUCGUAAACACUCAAAAACAGGUAGUGCGCUGACUUUUGAAACUAAAGCAAAAUCUAAAAAUAACUGUCCUCCUACUGUGCCGCCAAGAGGUGAGAAUCCCUAUCAGUAUGUAGCACGAGGACAUAUGCAUAGUCCACCUAUGCCUAGUGGAACACUUCGCAGUCCUCCUCCUCCUGCCCUUUCGCCUAACUCUGGACCACCACCACCAUCAGUUACUACUCCUGUUCCUUCUGCAACCUGUCAUUCUGUUGAUGGUAGAAUAGAUGGCAAUUCAGAACACUUUUCUUCACCAACAUAUUACCAACAGUCUACAGGUCCUAUGAAUUCUCUUAUAGCUUAUGCAAGAAAAUUACAAGCAACAACUUGUGAAUUACUUCAGUUUACUGAUUGCUCUGAGAUGCCUGUUAAUGAAAUGAAAAAUGCUCAAAAUGUUGUGGGUAUUGCACUACUUGUCUGGGGUUAUCCAGCGCCAGAGUAUUCGUUAACAGUAGAAAUAUCUACUUUUCGUAAAGGAAAAUUAACUUUAUUUGACGGCAUUUUUCAACCAUGCCUGCAUAUUCAACGUUUGGUACCGCAUACAUCUCUACUCUAUGAAUUGGCUGGUUUAAAACCAUGGUCUACAAUACCGUACAAUACCGUCAAUAAUGGACCUCCAUGUUUAGUAGUCACUAUUUCACGUGAUCAAGAAUGGUGUAUUCCACGAGUGCAUCCAACUAAAGCAUCAUCUUUACAAUCUGAUCCAAGUCCAUUUGCUGGUUAUCGUGGUAAUUAUUUCCGUAUAACUUUACACGAAUCUGGUGGACGUCGUACAGAAAUGGCACAAUUUUGUCUAGCUUUAUAUGAAAAAGGAAUGGCCGGUGUGAUUUCUAUCCCGUGUGAUGAAUCAAGCAUAAUGUUCGUAUUCCCUGAGUGUCAGUUCUCUCAGUCAAUAGGCAUACCUCCAGCUGACACUCUGGAUACAAAUAUCUUACAUGCAAUAUUACUUACUCCGCAUAAUCUACGACGUUAUCCAUAUAGUGAAAUGUGUUGUCAAUCGUCUACUAGUGAUUUCAGUUCAAUUGUAUUUGCUAAAGCUGAUGCACCGAUGGGAACAGCUUCGGAUGAACUUUUUGGUCAACGUAAACCACAAUGUCACAAUAUGUCCUCAAUGCAACUGAAACUUCCAUUGAAUCAUAUUCUUACAACACUACCAGUCAGUGGAAGAAAUCUUCUCGGUAGUGUACUCAUCUCUAUGCUAUCGUGUAAUCAAGGUGUGAUUGACAAUCCUGGUCCGCCUAUUGGUGUAGAGUCUACACAUCCAGUGAUGACGACGACAACAUCAACCUCAUCAAAUAUCCAUGAUCCUAGACUACAACAAUAUCCAAAUGCUCUUUUAGAUCCUCGACUACGUCGUCGUCACCAAAUGUACACAGAGGAACCAGAUUUGUAUGCAUUGGCUACUGCAUUAUUGUCAUCAAAAUCUCAGGAAAAGAAGCAGACAACAGUGACGACGACGACAAAUACACCAACAACAACGACAACUUCACAGACACAGGAUUCAACACCAUAUUGUGAACAACUGAAAUGUACAGAUAAGCAAAUUCAUUGUGUUGAAAAGUACCCUCCAAAUGAAAAUACGAUUGAAGAGGAGAUUCCCAAGGCGAAAGAGUUAAUUACUGCUACUGUUCCGUCUAGUCCAGUAGUAGUGGAAGAAUCUAAGGGUGGUAUUCGUGAUAACGCAUCAACUCGAUUAGUAGUAAUAGUAGAUUCACAAAAUACCCCCAAAGAAAUUCCACUAGAUAUUCAGUUGUAUGACAAUAAUACUACGGUGGCGAUGACGACGACUAGUGUUACUUCAAAACCACUUACUGCGUCUAGUCCAAGCCUUGUACAAGAUACUUCUCCAAUUGUUCAAAAUACAUCUGUUGAUAUGGAGCUUGAUAGUUUUAUUAAUAAUGAUGACGAUAAUAAUAAUAAUGAUCAAGGUGAACAGUCUAUCCAUGUAUUGGAAAAAAGUGAUAUGGAAAUUGAUAAUCCACUUGCUAAUGAUCAACAUCGUGCUGAUAGUAGUGGCAGCGGCGGCUGCCGUGGUUUUGGUGGUGGUGGUCUUGGCGAUAAUGACAUGAUAAUAUCACGACCUCGUCAACCUGCACUAAUACCACAGCCAAUACCUAGUAUUUGGAAUUAUCCAUCAAAGGUAUUUGCUCUAGCAUCAACAUUAUCACCAUUAUUAUCACCUAAGAAACCAAGACGACGAUCUAGUCUGUUGUCUAGUGAUAAUCUGCGUAAGACAACAACGUCGUCGUCAAUACAUCAUCGAUCUACAACUAGUAAGAAUAUUCCUAAAGCGUAUUCAUCAGUUUUGUCAUCUCCAUCAGAGAGUAGACUUAUAUCUAAACAUUCUCGUCGUAGUGAUUAUCAUCGUCGUCAUGAUUAUCGACGAUCUCGUAGUCCUAGUUAUCAAAAAACUAAAUUAAAACCUUCAUCUUAUCGUUAUGAUGAUAGUGAUUAUGAUUAUGAUAGAUACUGGAGAUCUCCUUCAGAUUCAAGAUAUGAUUCUGAUGAAAGAUAUAAAUCUAGCAGUGAUAGAUAUCGAUCAUCGCAUGGUAGUCGUCAGACUGUGUCAAAAAGAUCUAGAAAUAAAGAUAAGCGAGGCACACAUCGUCGACCAUAUAAUGAUAAUGAUGAGACUGAUGGCGACUAUAGACGGCGACCUUCUUCAUACAAACAUUCACGUGAUCGUCGUCGUCAUGAUCGUCGGAGUAGUAGUCCAUCAUGUUCAGAUUCAGACAGUUAUCAACAACAUCGUUAUCGAGAUCGUUCACAUUCCCGUGAAUCAUCUUCUAAUUCGCCUAAUAAUAAUAAUAAUAAAAAUAAUAGUAAUAAUGCACCUGUUCGAGGUCGGAAAUCCUAUCACCAUCAUUCUAACUCAAAUGUAAAACGUCAACAACAAAAACAACAGCGGCAACAACGUGAUAAUGAGUCUCUGAAUAUCAACUCACAAUCAGACUCAACUCAACUGUCAACUCCUUCUUCGGGUGCUACUACGCUUAGAAAUGAAUUAACUGGGGAAAAGACUAAUAAUUCUGAUGCAAUAAAAUUGGAGUACUCUACACAACAAAACAGUGCUAUUUCUCAUAGCCAAAGUUAUAAUAGAGACGAUAAAUUACAUGGCGAUGAUGAUAAUAAUAAUAAUGACAAUAAGACUAGUAAUUCUAUCGAUAAUAAUAAUGAUGAUGAUAUUCCCCUGAUAAUUAACAGCACAGAUAUCUCAAAAGAUGAGAGUUCAACUGGUUUUUCUCCUGCUGUUGGUGUUAAUCUUGACUGUGUUCAUCAAUCUAGCCAGAUUGCUCCAUCUACAGAUGAAAUGGAUGUUAAGAAUAAUGAUGAUGAUGAUAACAAAGCUGUUGUUGUUGUUGUUAGCACCACGACUACUGUAGACCCUCUACCUCCAUUACCACCACCAACAUCCUCAUCAUCGCCACCACCACCAUCACGAUCCCCAUCGCCGCCAAUCAUUUCUGUUGCACAGUCAAAUAAUCCAGGAGUAGUUGAUGAAAGUGAAGAAGGUGAAGUAUUCGAUGAUGAUGGAGAGGAGUGUGAUGAUACUAAUGAAGAAAUUGUUCAAAAUAUGCAUAAUAUCACAUAUAGUACUUUGAGUAGUGAUUCAAGUAUUCAUUAUAAUGAUACUGUAGACAUGAUGAAGAAGAAGACAACGUCAUCAUCAAUGGCAUCAUCAUUAUCAUCUCUAAGCGCAGAUCUCGAUGAUCGUGGAUCAUAUCAUCACCAUCAUAAUCAACAACAGCAGCAGCCGCAACGACGUGAUAAACACCAAUUUCCUCGUGGUAUGAAUAAAUCACAAAGUCAAACUGACGAGAAGGAUGAUAAUAAUAAUAAAAAUUAUAAAAAAGAUGGCGCUGAUAAUGAUGAUGAAGAAGAGGUAAAGAUUGAUCGACGUUCCUUCAGGCAUUUACAGGUUGGUCAUAUUUUAAAACAUGUGGCUAAACGGUGUAAUUCUGAGACGGAGAUUUCUUCUUCUAUUCAUGAAAAUGUCAACACUGCCAGUACGAUGACUACCACUCAUACCGAAGACGAUUAUCAUGUAGUCGAUGAAACGUAUAGUUCUAAUGAAAAAUCAAAUCCUUCUAUUGUAGAUAUUGAUAUGUCUUUAGAGGAUGAAGAUAUGCGACAAGAUGAGCAUGAUACAACUACUGCUAUUACUCCUACUGCAACAACGCAUCAUUAUGGUCAUUUCUAUCCAAUUACACGUUGGCAGCUAGGAAGAAAUACUAGUGAUAAUUCUUUUUCAGAUCAUGAUGAUAGACUUACUGGUGAAGGUUAUAAAGAAGAUGUUGACUAUAGAGGAGGACAUUCAAUGCAUUAUUCGUCAAGUGAACAUCAUCAUAGACCUUCAUUGCUUGGAACUUAUUCAGAAUCUUCAGUGUCUAGUGGAUCAGAAGCUAAAUUGAAAUAUACAUUGUAUAAACCAAAAGAAUCUAUAUCCUCCUCCUCGUCCACGUGUAUCUCGAAGACUUGUCAUACCACAUUGUAUGCCUCAUCAAGUCCACCAUCAACACCUGUACUCCAUGAUGGUGGAGAUGAGCAUAGUUUACUAGGGUCAACAGAUGAUACAUCAUAUCGUCAUAUCUCUACAGAUUAUUCUACUUCACAAAUCUCAACACAGUAUUUUGUUAACCAGACUAAAGAACCAACAACAUUGUUAGGUUAUCCAGAUAUAGCGUUUAUGCCAUAUAUUGGUUCUGCUUCUUCUUCUUCUAUUUGCUAUCCCCCUGUCAUGAAUAUGACACCUGGACUCCUGCCUUUACCUGUACAAAGCCAACCAUACCAGCAACAAACUCUAAACUUAUGGCCAACAGCAACAACAACAACACAGCCAUUCUAUCCUAAACCUAUGAAUAUUUUCAGUCAUCCACCAAAACCUUGGCAGUGA